AUGUAUCGACUAUUAAAUACAGUUCGAUUAUUGCCAUCUUCAAUUAUUGUUCGAUUGAAUUCAACAUAUAAAAUUCCUGUACAAAAUAUAACAAAUAUUGACGAUGAAAAUGACGAGGAUGAUAAUCUAAGUUUAAAUAAAACUCGGCCACCUAAAGAUCUUAUAUUUGCUGAUUCAAAAUCAUCUCGAUUUAAAGAAAAAAAUCCUCGCAAACAAAAACAAUGGUUAAAAGAACUUGAACAAAAACAUAUUGUUCCUAAAACACCUUUAUCAUCAUUUGCGAAAGAAACUAAUACAAAAGCAGAAAAUAAAAUCAUUCAAGAUAGAUAUGUAACACCUGAUGGAAUCAUACGGGAAGAUAAUUUUCCAAUUAAUUUCGAUACAGAACUCGAUGAAAAUGAUGAAGAAAAAGAACCUGAUGAACCUAAACCUUUAGCCGUCGGUGGUCGCCGAUAUCCCAUAUGGUUCUAUGCAGGCAAAUUAAAACAUUUAGCAUCAGAAAAUAAAGUUCAAGCAACACUUGAUUAUUUUUAUAAAGAAAUGAUGGAUAAAGAACGAGUUGCUCCGAAUUUAUUUUGUUAUCAAGUUGUGAUUGGUGUAUGUGCACGAAAUGGCUAUUUAACACAAGCCUUUAAUCUCUACCGUGAAAUGAAAGAUCGUGGUUUUACAACCGUAGAUUCUCGAAAGAUGACCAAAAUCUUUACAUUGUUAGCUACUGCGUGUUAUCGUGCAUCAGAUAGUAAAAUGGCUAUUGAAAGAUUUCGUAUUGAAUAUCGAACAUUUAAUUCAUUGAUAGCUGCUUUUGGAAAACAUGGCCAUGUGAAAAUGGCAUUUCAAUUAGCUGAUGAAAUGGUGGAAGUUGGUUUUAUACCAAAUGAAGAUACAUAUGUAUCAUUAUUGAUUGCAUGCAGCGCAGAAAAAACGACUGGGUUUAAAUACGCUAUAGAAAUUUGGCGUCGAAUGCUUGCGUUUGGUGUUAAACCAAAUCCAUUUCAUUUUGGCCUAUUACUGAAUAUAACGCAUAAUUGUGGAUUAGGUUCACCAACAUCGUUGCAUGAUUUACUUUUUCCAUCUGAGCCUUUACAGUUUCUUUUUGAUGAAGCUGAGACUACAGAUAUUCAACAAAAACUACAUCAAGGACCAUCAUUUCUUUCAUCAAUGGAUAUAUCUGACCGAGAAUCUUUAUCUACGAUUUCUAAUACAAAUGAUGAAAAUCAACAUCAAUUAAUUUCUUCGGAAAUAAUAGAAUGUCAAGAUAAAUCAAGAUCAUCAGAAUUAACCUCAGAAUGGUGGCAAGAUCCAGAAGAUAUUCGAAUGGGACAUCUAUUAAAAAAUCAUCUUAGUCCAUUUAAUAAUGCAAGUGUCCUCAAACCAAAUAUGUCCUACAAAGAACCAAAUCUUGUUAGUCUUCGAAUGCCCAAUUCGCCAGCAGAAAGACUUAUGCUAUUAGGUGGUAUUCCAGGUGUUUUAAAACAUAUGCAGGAAUGUAAUGUAUUACCUAAUCAUAUCAUUUUCAAUAGUUUUCUUAAUGUUAUUCCACAGUUGUCAGAUCAUGAACAAGCACUUAUACAUAUUUCAAAUAUCUGCCAAGUCAAACCUAACAUUCAAUUCUAUAAUGCACUCAUUCUUCGCCGAUUGCAACGACGCUCAAAACAGGAAGCAUUGCAAGUGUUGGAUCUUAUGCGUGAGGAGUGUCUUUCGCCCGAUGAAUAUACAUUUUCAGCUUUAGCUAAAGGAUGCGAAAAUAGACAGGACGCUGAACAACUUCUAAAUGAAAUGACAGAGCUCAAUUUAAAACCGAAUCAAAAAGUUCUCGAAGCGAUGCUUAGAAAUGCAUUUUAUCGUACCAACUUUCCAUUACUUUCAUUGAUUUGUGAAUCAUAUAAAACAUAUAAUUUAGCAGUGAACAAAGGAUUUCUUGAACGAAUAGAGAAAUUUUUAUUAGACAUUCGUUCGAAAAUACUAGCGAUGGAACAUGCCAAUGUGGAUAACGAGCAAUAUCGUUUGUUAAGUUCAUCAUACAAUCGUUUUCAAAAGUUCUAUAACAGAUGGCUCAGUGAAGUGUCAUAUGCAAAGCGUUUUGAUCAGAAAGUAUCUUUUGUUUAUGAUAAACCAGAUUUGAAAAAAUAA